AUGGCACCUCGGAUUUCCGACAAGGUCACCCAAACCAUUGUCAAAGCUGUUCGUGAGAUAUGGAAGAAUGAUCGGGAUCAACUAACUGUCAACUAUGCCCGGCAAAUUGUGGAGAAGAAGCUUGGGCUUGAGGAAGGUUUUUUGAAGGAGGGUGAUUGGAAGGCGAAGAGCAAACAGCUUAUCCUUGAGGAAGUGGAAAAGCUUCAGAACGAACCGGAUGUGUCACAGGAGCAAGAAGAGCCCUCUCCGCCCCAGAAGAAGGGUCGGACUGGUGCCACCACCUCCAACGGCACGAAAAAGGGUCGCAGGAAGAAGGUUUCAACUCCUGAGGAAGAGUCCGAGAAGAGCGAGGAUGUAUCAGAUCGGCCUUCCAAAAAACGCAAGGUUAUGAUAAAACCGAAGAGACAAUCAAAGACUAGCUCCGGUGACGAAGAUGACGAGGAGGAAAACAUAGAAAAGGAGAGAGAGGAGUCCAAGGCACAAGAAAGCGAUAGCCCUAUGUCCGAUGCUUCCGAAAAGUCCGAGAAGGCCGCUGAAGUCUCGUCGAGCGAGCUGUCUUCCGUCAUCGAUGACGACCUGGCCAAUCGCAAACAUAAGGGUAAAGCCAAAUCAGCUUCCAUUAAGGCCCCUCCCAUGGCAGAGGAGUCGGCAAACAGCAAACAAGAUGAUGAUUCAUCAAGUGAACUUUCCUCUGUUCUUGAUGAACCUCCCCCUCAGAAGCGCAAGCGCGCUCUAAAGGGCUCUGGUACGACCACUUCGAAAAGGGGUAGUAGUAAAUCUACUUCCGCCUCCGGCACAGAUAUUUCCCCUGAUGAACAGCAAAUUAAACUCCUGCAAACACAACUCCUCAAAUGUGGUGUGCGCAAGGUCUGGGCAUUUGAGUUCAAGAAGCGGGGCGCCAACACAGCAAAGGAGAAGAUUGCUGUGCUCAAGCAGGCGCUUGUGGAUGUUGGUAUGACCGGACGCUUCAGCGAGGCAAAGGCGAAGGAGAUUCGUGAGCGCAGGGAGUUGGCUGCAGAGUUGGGUGAGGUGAUUCAGGGGGAGAAGAGCUGGGGCUUGGGGAUUGUGGAUGGGGAAAGCGGUCGGGGAGCUAGGAGACGAGCUGCUGCACAGGCUGGACGACGGGGAUACAAAAUUGAAGAUGAAGAGAGCGAGGAUGAAGAGCGAGAGAAGGAAGGCAGGAAGAGCGGGGAGAGUGAUGAUGAAGAGAGUAGCAGCAAGAUCGCAGUCAGGGCGAAGAGGCCUGUAAAACGAAAGGAUCCGCUGGCAUUCCUGGGCGAUGAGAGCGAUUCGGAGUAA